GGGCGCAGAUGCGCGCUCACGGUGAAUACAACAGCGCACGGACAGACUGAAGGAAGAUGAAACCUUUCUGAGCAGCAACCUCAUGCCACGCGUGGAAAAGGAUCUGGAGUGUUCUGCUUCACACUUUUCUCUCACUCAUCUCUGUUGCUGUUGGCAUACCCGACAACUUAAUCCAUUCAUCUGGAGAUGUGCCAGGAAAGAUCACCUUCCGUCAGAUGGAGGGGAAUUACACAUAUUUGCGGGACAGUGGCGCUCUGGCCUCAUGCGUACCCACCCUGGUUACUUUUGAUCUCCUUGACCAAAGGCGUAACUUUCGCUCUGCUGUUUUCAAAUACACAUGGGACUUUGGCAAUGGGAAAGUAUUUGAAGGCCCAGAGCCUUUUGUGCAUUGUAGCUACUCCUCACCUGGGAAUUACACCUUUAUAUUGAGGAUUGGAGCCAACAUAACCAAACAAUCCAGAAUUAACGGACUGUACUCUAUAGAUUUGACUGUGUUAGAUGCCAUACAAAGUAUUGAAUUGAGAGGACCAUUGAGUUAUAACGUGGACCAAAGGAGUAGCCUGUCCUUUCAGGUUGGAGGAAGUCCUCCGGUUUGGUACUGCUGGAGACUUUUGCCUGAUUGUCAAUCACCCAGUCCAAUGUCCUGCGACUCAGUCAGGCUUUACGAAAAUAUAUUCAAUCUGAACUACACCUUCACAUCAGUAGGAACGUAUUGCUUAGAAAUCAGCGUGAGAAAUAAUAUCAGCAAUCUUCAGACAUCCUACAACAUCCACGUUCAGGACAGCCCUGUGAAUCACCUCAUCUUUAUUUUGCCCUGUGCUGCAGUGAUUUUUGCUACUCUCAUAUUCAUCUCUGUCUCGGUGUGUUGUCCACUGCAAGAAUCGGGUUUUGUAUGUAAGACACUGGUAUCGGAUAUGAGUUAUGAUGCUGUCACAGACAUUGAGAUGCAUGCCAAGGAUGCAGCCUCCCCCUUGAAGGAUAAUUGUCCAUUACAAACAUCUUCCAGACGAAUUGAAUCACAGUCCCUUCUUCAUCAGCAAGGGAUGUACAAUCAUUAACCCUAUUUAACCCAAUUAACCCUGUUAAUUCCAUCUGAUAUUUCUUAAAAUUUGCUUUCAUUGUAUUAUCUUGAAUUAUAGCCAUUCACAUUUAUCAAGUACCCUAUAGUGUCAUUCAAAUCUGUAUGACUUUUUGAAGAUAUUUUGAAGAAUGUUGGUAACCAUUCAACAUUUGCCUUUAUUGACUUUUACCACAACAACAACAACAAAAAACAUUGACACAAUUCUCAGAAUAUCUUCUAUUAUGUUCCACAGAGAAAGGGUCAUACAGUUUUGAAGUUGCAAACUCUGAAAUGGUUUAAGAGGUUGUUUAUGAGGGUUUUGCAAGUCAACAGUGUUUUUGGGAUAUUCCAAGUUCAAUUUUUAAACUUGAAUAUAAUGUACAACAAGCACUGCUGUAUUGUAGAAGGAUCAUAUGUCUUUGCUAGAUAUUCAUACUGAAAGCUCUUUCUACUGGAAUAAAUGAA